AUGGUGUCUGUAGAUUCUGUAAUGCAUAAGUUAUCUUCUUUGUCAUGUUCAGGUUUUGUAGGUGUGGAUUCAGCGGGUCUCAGUGGUAAGAUUUGUGUGCUGUGGUUUACCCCAAUUCUGAUUGACCCUCUCUUGGUUUCUUCGCAUAUAAUAUUGUGUCGAGUUGUGGAAAAUUUGGUUAUAAAACAUGUCUUAUUUCUGUAUGGGGCGCCUCAAGUUUCUGAUCGUAUGAUUGUGUGGUCGGAAAUUUCUGAUAUUUUAGCUUCUUAUCCGAAUGUUGUGUUAGUUGGCGAUUUUAACCAGGUUGAAUAUUUAUCGGAUAAGGUCGGAGGUAAUCUUGAUAUUCCAGGUCGUCAUGAUUUUAUACAGUGGAAAUUGGACAAUGGGUUACUUGAUAUUCCGUAUUCUAGACGUUCUUUCACCUGGACUAACGGGAGAAUAGUUAUGGACCCCACUUUUGAGAGAUUAGAUAAGGCAUAUUCUACUUCCCAUUGGCUUCAGGAUUGGUCGGCUACCUCAGUUCAUCACCAGCCCAUUUUGUUUUCUGAUCAUGCGGCUAAUAUUCUAUAUGACUCUUUGCCUUCUGGUAGAUUCAAACGUCCUUUUAGAAUUGAAAAUUGGUGCCUACACUCUGUGGAGGUUGCUGCUAUGGUUCAAAAUACUUUUGCUGAACAUAUUCCUGGGUAUCUUAUGUUUUCUUUGUCUAAGAGACUAUGUGUUCUUCGUUAUCUACUAGCUUGGUGUGUUUCUCAUAAAAAGGUGUGGGGCAUUGAUUGGACAGCUUUGGUUGCGGAUUUCACUAAUGCUUCUGUUAGUCUUGAUUCACGGAGUAUUCGUUUUCUGGCCCGGCGUCGGAAGAACACUAUUCUAGGGCUUAAGGACAAUGAAGGUACCUGGCUUUUGGGUGCGGGGGAUAUUCGUUCUUUAGUUCUUAAUUUUUACAGGUCCUUAUACAGUAGGAGUUUGGAUCGACCUCCUAUUUCUCAAUUCCCUUGGGAUUCCCUUGACCUCCCUUCUUUGUCUGAUAGACAUCGUCAGUCUCUACUAAUUCCCUUUUCAACUGAUGAUAUUAGGCAUGCGAUGUUUAGUAUUGCUGAUGAUAAAUCUCCAGGACCUGAUGGUUUUACUUCAGCUUUUUUUAAGACCUAUUGGAGUGAGGUGGGGGAUCAGGUGGUGAAUGCUGUCCAGUUCUUUUUUGCUCAUGGCUAUUUACUUAAGGACUGGAAUCGGACAUUCUUAGUUUUGCUUCCUAAAGUUGAUCAUCCUGAACUUGUUUCUCAAUUUAGACCGAUAGGCCUCUGUAAUGUUCUGUAUAAAUGCAUAGCUAAGUGUCUUGCUCGCCGUCUACGUUGGAUACUACCCGACAUUGUGUCGGAUUUUCAGAAUGCCUUUGUUCCUAGUAGGUUGAUGUCUGACAAUUGCCUAAUGGUGCAUGAGAUUCUUUCAUUUAUGAAUGCUUCCAAAGCUAGAAAACGUUUUUAUGCGGCACUGAAGCUAUACAUGAAUAAAUCCUAUGACAGAGUUGAGUGGGACUUUCUGUGCCAGGUUCUUCAGAGGGUUUUCGUCCUUAACGUGGUCUACGUCAAGGAGAUCUGCUAUCUCCAUAUCUGUUUGUAUUAUGCAUGGAGGUUCUUUCGACUAUGCUGCGUAAUGCAGAAUCAAAAGGCUUUUUUCAGGGUGUUGCAGGUGCUCUCUGAUUUUUGUGAUAUUUCAGGUCAAAUGCUUAAUUUUCAAAAGUCGUUUGUCAAGUUUAGUCCUAAUACUCCUGAGGAUUACCGAGCUUAUCUGUCUGGUUGUUUAAAAAUGCGCUCUGAAUUUAGAUUGGGAUCUUAUUUAGGACUUUCUGUUGAUUUAGGUCGUAGUAAAUGCUCUAAGUUUGGUUUUCUCUUGGACAAGGUGGUUAAACGUCUACAGGCCUUUACACCUCUCCGGCUUUCGCCGGCAGCUAAGCUUGUUAUUAUCAACUCAGUGCUCAUUGCCUCCUUUAAUCACAUCCUGUCUGUUUUCAAAAUUCCUGAUUCUAUAUGUUCCAGAAUGGAUAAUUUGUUAGCCAGGUUCUGGUGGAAAUCUUCUUCUUCUAAUCGAGGGUUGGCUCUUCGGUCUUCGUCGUUGUUCCAUCUUCCGAAGAGUUUAGGAGGAUUGGGAAUUCGUAGUAUUUCCCCUUUUAAUUCUUCCCUGUUGGCGAAGCAGAGUUUGAGAAUUAUUCAGUGCCCUCAGUUGUUGGUUUCUCGGCUUCUGUCGGCGAAGUAUCCGGUUCUUCGUUCUACUGAUUUGUUUCCGGCUUCUCGUCCCUCCUGGGGUUGUAGGGGUCGUAUUUCAGGGGGUCCUUGCUGUCGAAGGGUUUGUGUUGGAAGCUCUGCUUCUAGAAUUCUUUUGUUGGAUCGACCUGUGCGUUUAAUGGAUGAUUUUGUUUACUGGAAGUUUGCCUGGGAUGGUGUUUUUACAACGAAAUCUGCGUAUGCCCUUCUUUGUGAGCCUGGGAUCAGGUGGAAAAUAUUUGGAUGGAAAUUGCUAUACGACGCGCUUCCUUUGGCAUCUAUUCUCAAUUCUCGAGGUCUCCCUGUUGAUCCAGUUUGUGCCUUUUGUCAUAUGGAUGUGGAAUCUGUGUCUCAUACAUUCAGAGAUUGUCCUGCUAUCUGUACUAUUUGGCUGUCUGGAGCGUUGGACAUCCAAUGGGAUCUUAUGCAGUUUCCUCCAUUUAGUAUUUGGUUCUCAAGAACAAUUUCUCUCUUUUCGUCUUCGAGAAAUUGGAAGGAUAUUGCUUCGUUAUUUGCUCUCCUUUGGGCGAUUUGGAUUUCGCGGAAUCAUUUGAGGUUUAGGAAAGCUGUUUGGUCGCCUGGGUCAAUUGUUGGCUUGGCGUCAGUUUAG